CGACCACAGACAGACACAAAACGACGACAAAGAGAUACAAAAUGACUACAAAGAGACACAAAACAACCACAAAGAGAAACAACGUGACUUCAAAGGGGAAAAAAUGACCACAAAGAGACAAAAAUGACCACAAAGAGACACAAAACAACUAAAAAGUGACGAAAAAUGGCACAAAGAUGCUUAAAAUGUCCAAAAAGAGACACAAAAUGACCAAAAUGACACAAAAUGAGCAUAAAAAGACAAAAAACAAUGACAAAGUGAAAUAAAACAAACACAAACUAAAAAUACAUGCAGAGACAAAAAAAGUAACAGAGACAAAAAACAAUGAGAAAAAAGGAAGGCAAAGUGACAGAAAUGAAUGCAAAAAUAUCAAACAAACACAGACAGAAAAAUGAACAAAAAGACGUAAAAUAAUGUAAAAUUACCACAAAGAGCUUAAAAAUAUUCAUGAAUAUACAAAAAGCCGUACAAGUAUACACAAAUACACAAAAAACAAUGACAAAGACUGAAAAAAACAAAAAAAUUACGAGACAAAAGACAAAAAUUCAACACAGACAAAAAAUAACAUAAAAUGACCUCAAGCAGGCUAAAAAUGAUCACAAAGACACAAAAUGAAUACAAGGAGAUAAAAAAACUAAUCUAGUCGGCAGGUUUUGGGGUUCAGAGGUUUAAUUUUUGCCCAGCGGACAGUGAAAGUGUUAAUCUGCAGAGAGAAGGAUCUGCAAGGAGCAGCAGCGAUUAAUGGAUAAUCUGUUUGAUCCUCUGAUACACAAAUAAAACCUGCAGCCCAGAGGCAUGCUGGGAGAUUAAAACAGAGUCUGACACAGGAAGAGAGACGUCCAAUCACAAUAAACACAAAAAAGGACCACAAAGGUAUAAAAAACAAACUCUAAGAGACAAAAAAACGAACAUAAAGAGACUAAAAUCGAUGAACAGACUAAAAAUCAACACAAAGAUGUAAAAUUAUCACAGAGACAAAAAAUAUUCAGAAAGAUACAAAAUAACCACAAGGAUACAAAAAUUUAACAAGACAGACAAAAAGAGAAAAAAAUUGACAAAAAAAUGAUACAAAGAAAAAAAAAUCAGUGUCAAAGAGAAAAAAACCAAAGAGAAGCAAAUUUACAUAAAAUUACCACAAAAAGAUUAAAAUGGUAACGGAUACAAAAUUGGACACAAAGAGACAAACACUAUGACAAAAAUACAGAAAACUAACACAAAAGGACGCAGUGUUAUGUAAAAUCUACUAUAAAAAGAUUAAAAAUGUAAAAAAAAGACACAAAAUAACCACAAAGACACAGAAAACAACCAUUGACAGACAAGAAAUACACACAAAGGGACAAAAAAAAUUCAGAAAACUAACACAAAAAGAUGCAAAAUGACCACAAAUAGGCUAAAAAUGUACAAAAGAUACAUGACCACAAAGAAACAAAAAAUGAACGAAAAGAGACAAAAAACUAACAUAAAGUGACAUUAAAUAUUAUCAAAGAUAUAAAAACAAACACAAAGUGACCAAAACAUUAUGCAAAAUUAUCACAAAGAGAUGCAGAAUUCCGCAAAAUUACCAUAAAAAUAUUAAAAAUAAAAGAAAAACAUACAAAAUAACCAAUAAGACACAGAAAACAAACCCUAAGAGACAAGAAAUGAACACGAGACAAAAAAUAUAGAAAACUAACACAAAAAGAUGGAAAAUGAUGUUAAAUUACCACAAAUAGACUAAAAAUGUUCAGAAAGAUACAGAAUCCCCACAGGGAUACAAAAAACUAACAUAAAGUGACAUGAAAUAUCAAAAAGAAAAAAACACAAAGACAAAUUGACCGAAAAAUUAUGCUAGAUUUCUAUAAAAAUAUUAAAAAUGUCAAAAAAAGAUACAAAACAACCACAAAGAUACAGAAAACAAACACAGACAAAAAAUGAACACAAAGAGACCAAAAAUAUGAAAAAAUAUAGAAAACUAACACAAAAUUGAUGAAAAAUAGACUAAAAAUGUUCAGAAAGAUACAACAUGACCACAAGGAUACAAAAAAUUAACACAGAGACAAAAAACUAACAUAAAAUGAGAUGAAAUAUUAAAAAAAGAUAUAAAAUUAACACAAAGUGACCAAAAAUUACGCAAAAUUACCAUGAGGCCACAAAAAUGAUGACAAAGAUGCAAAUCAACUCCAAAAUACUAAAAUCAGCUAGAAAGAAGCAAAAGGUUCAAUUUGACCACAAAAUUUACCACAGUUUUAUGUUCCUGUCAGUUCCUGUAACUGUGAAUAUCAUAUUAGAAUAUUUAAAACAAUUAUUACAGUGAAUUACCAAUAGAAGUAUUAAUCAUGUACAGUUUAUAGUUUGAACCAAACUCCAUUCAUUCUCCUAAAUGACCCGCAUUAACCACAGCCGACCUUUAAUUACUCAGCCCAACGCCACGGCUGAGAAUCAGCAACUUUGUCUGAAGUUUCUUAAUCAGAUCAGCAGCUCGUCCUGUCAGCAGUUAGAUCAGAGCUUUAAUUAGAUCCACAGCGGACGUAAUGAUUCAGAGUCGUCGUGACAAAGAGACAGAGAAAGAACACAGAGACAGAAAACAGUGACGAGGAGACAAAAAACUAACAGAAAGAGACAAAAUAUUAUGAAAAAGAGACAGAAAACAAACAGAAACGGAUGUAAAAUGAUGCAAAAUUAGUACAAAGAGAGAAAACGUUCACAAAAAGACCACAAAAAUGCAAAAAAUGAACACAAAGACACAAAGGCAAACAGAAAGGGACCAAAAAAAUGAGAAGAAAGCUACAAAAACAAUGACAGAGACAAAAAAUUAUGAAAAAGAGGCAGAAAGCAAACACAAAGGGAAAUGAUGUAAAAUUAGCACAGAGAGAUGAAAAAUGUUCACUAAAAGACAACAAGGAUAUGAAAGACAAACAAAUGACACAAACACAAAUAGAAAGGGACAAAAAAAAUCAACAGAAAGUGACAAAAACAUUGACAGAGACAAAAAACAGAUAUAAAAUUAUCAAAAGGAAAAAAAUAUACACAAAAUGACGCAAAAAUGAUUACAAAAAAGUUCAAAAUGUCAAAGAUAAAACUACUUCUAAGACAUAAGUUGACCACAAAGAUGCAAAAAAUUAUCAUAAACUAUGACAAAAAAGACAGAUAACUGCCACAUAAAGAUGCAAAUUUACUAUAAAGAGACUGAAAAAGACACAAAAAGGCCACAAGGAGACAAAAACUAACAAAAGACACAAAAACUAAUAAAAUUGAAAGCGACAAAAAAAAAUUGACAGGAGAGUAAAAAGGAAUCCAGUGACAAAAUCAAACACAAAGAUAAAAUUAACUGAAAGCGACAAAAACCAACAAGAGUAGAAAGGAAUGCAAAGUGACAAAAAUUAACACAAAAAUACAAAACGGAGACAAAAAAUGAACAGAAAUACGUAAAAAGAUGCAAAACUAGCAUAAAGAGAAUAAAAAUGUUCAUAAAGAUACAAAAAAACAAACACAAAGAUCGAAAAAACAAACAGAAAGAAAAAACAUUUACACAAAGAGACCAAAAGAAAACAGACGUGCAAAAUGAUGUAAAAUUACCACAAAGAGACAAGAAAUUAACACAAAGAGGCAAAAAUUGAUGCUAAAGAGACAAAAAACUAACACAAAAUGAGAAAAUUAGCACAAAGAGAUUAAAUAUGUUCACAAAUAUUAUAACCGAUUGAGAGGUUUAAGUUAAAUAUAGUGAUCUGAUUGUAUACCUUUCAUUACAGCGUCAUCUUGUCAAACUGGAUUUUUAUUUUCUAUAAAUAUCAUAUCUCCAACACCUUUGGAUAAAUCCAGUGUAGACAUUGUUAAUGUGGUAAAUGACUAUUGUAGCUGGAAACAGCUGAUUUUUAAUGGAAUAUCUCCAUAGAGGUACAGAGGAACAUUUCCAGCAACCAUCACUCCUGUGUUCUAAUGCUACAUUGUGUUAGCUAACGGUGUUGAAAGGCUCAUUGAUGAUUAGAAACCUCUUGUGCAGUUAUGUUAGCACAUGGAUAAAAGUGUUUUCAUGGAAAACAUGGAAUUAUCUUUUUGAACGGUAGUGUAUGUCAACUUUAACUCAUUUAGAGCACCAUUAACUAAUUUAGAGCAACUUAAAUCGCCAAAAACAUUGCCUUAAACAACAUUGGUCAAUGUGUUUUCUUUACAUUUUGGGAUAUUUUUGCUUAAUAACCACAUCUUCUUUGAGACUAAUGUCUGUCAUUUGCUGUAUUUGUUUUACGUCUUUAUGAGGUCGAUUUCGUCCUGAAGUUGGGAAACAGACGACAGAUCAGGCUGAUAGCGUGUCUGUGACCGUGGCAUCAUGAGUUUAAAUGGUUUAACUGGAUCACUACCAACAGCUCUAAGCCCAUUACUGACCGUGACUGAUCAUGACAGCAGCUGCAGGGAACUCCUCAAGAUCACAGAAACUCAGACCAUCCAACAUCAGCACAGAUCACAGCAAAGAAGGAAAAACCAUGUUUGAAAAUCUGAUGUGAACACAGCCGUUUUCUGUGGAAUUUCAGUUUCCUUUACAAGUUCAGUAAACUUUACCCCACUUUGAUGCAUCCUGAUUGGUUGGUGUUUAUCCUGCAGGUUCAACAAGAGAAAGUUUAGACUUUUAAAGAUCUUUUCUUGAUCAAACCGUCUAUAGAGGUCAAUGAAAACAAGCCGGAUGUGUUUAUAUUGAAAAUAUCAUAUUCAGUGAUUCCAGCUUCAACUGGGAGAAUUGGUUGCUUUUUUAAAUUUUAGUUUAGACAAAACAGGUUAUUAUCCAACACUGUAUUGAGCAAAUCCAUAUUUUAUUGUGUUCUAACUCCAUAUUACAGUUAUUUUAUAGACUUUUAAUUCAGAUUAGUCUCUCAGUCAGUGUGUUUUAUGGCCUCAUUUUAAUUGUAUCGCUCUUUGGUUCAGUUCUAAUAGUUUUCAAAUGUGUGUUAUGACUAAAUUUGGAUUUGGAAUGACAAACUGCAGCCCUACCAACAAUAAUUCCUAAUAAUAUCACUAAUUAUGGGCCUGCUUUAACCCAUUGAUGCACAACAUGGGCUAAAAGUGACCAAACCGAUGGAAAAUGGGGAUCUCCCGACCCACACUGGGCAUCAAAGGGUUAUGUGACUUUUGGAAGUCAAGAUGUGUUGAGGAUUUUCCUGCUGGUUUUAGCUCAAGUCACAUUUUUCUUUCUUUCUUUCUUUCUUGCAGCUUUGACAGUCGGGGAAUUGGGAGAAGAAUGGGGGAACCGAACCUAUGACCGCUGCAUGGGUUCAAGUGCCCUCAAAUCACAUUUUAUAUCUUGCUGUAAAACUUCUGCAGGUUCUAAAACACGUUUAGGACGUUUGAAGGCCGGUACAGAUCUGAAAUGGGGGAACCUCCCUGUCUGAAGCAGGUCGACCCAAUCAGCUGGUUAUAUAACCAUCCUGCUUCCAGGUCCGGCCCGACUCCCUCACCUGAACUCGGCAGCUCCUCCUCUGGCCUCUUUGCUCGGGGCUCCCUGCAGAAGGCGGCCUGAUCUCAUUAGGGAGUUAUUUUAGGUGCCUUCUUGAUUCUUCCUCUGUGACCUAAGAGGGUUAGAGUCCUGAGGGCUGCUGUGAGCUGCAGAGUCGCUGCAGCCUGGAAGUGGGCCGGCUCGAGCCUCCUGCUGCUCCAAGACUCUUCCAUCUGAUCCCGUAGAGGAUCCAUCAACCGGACUGCUGACAAAGUUGUGGCACAUCGACCCUUGCCUCGGUCCCGUCACCAUCCUCUUUCUCUGCUCGAGGUUUUGGCCUCCUGCUCCUCGCUGCAGCCAUGGGGAACCACGGCUCCAACCUGGACGACAUCCUGUCCGAGGACAUGCACCACUGGUACAACAUGUUCAUGAGAGAGUCUCCGUCGGGCCUCAUCACGCUGUUCGAGCUCAAGGCCAUCCUGAACCUGAAGGGCAUGAGCGAGAACGCCAACAGCUACGUGGACCAGGUGUUCUUCACCUUCGACAUGGACGGGGACGGCUACAUCGACUUCGUGGAGUACAUCGCAGCCAUUAGCCUGAUGCUGAAGGGAGAAAUCAACCAGAAACUAAAAUGGUAUUUCAAACUGUUCGACCAGGACGGCAACGGAAAGAUCGACAAGGAGGAGCUGGAGACCAUCUUCUCGGCCAUCCAGGACAUCACACGAAACCGAGACAUCGACCCCGAGGAGAUCGUCUCGCUCAUAUUUGAGAGGAUCGACGUGAACGGCGAAGGUGAGCUGACACUGGAGGAGUUCAUUGAAGGCGCCAAGGACCAUGAAGACAUCAUGGAGACGCUGAAGAACCUGAUGGACCUGACGCCCGUCUUAGUGAUCAUCAUCGAAGGCCGGGCGGGAUGAAAAGUCACCAGUUCAACCUCAAAGACUGACUGAAUCCUCCGCUCCCCCACCCAAACACCAACAAACAAAUCAUGUCCACGGCGGACUGUGAUUGAUCGUCCAGCCUGCGAUUGCACGGCUGCUCCGCCCCUCUUCGUCUUCAGCUAUCGAGUUGAAAAAGGAACUUGUUUUCAAUGCAUACCUGAAGACUCUGCAGAUCUGUUGUUCGUCUCACAAAUCACAGAAACCCUUAAACACUUGAGUCUGACUGCAGCGAUUUAUAAAGACACCAAACCAAUCAGACAAACUCAGAGCACAACAGGUUUCGACUGCAUUUUACCGAGACAGAUCUUUAACACGAAGGCUGAUGUUUGGACACUUACAACAAAACCAACAUUUUGGGGUUUGAACCAGAUACAAUUUUGUCCGAAAAUGCUCAACCAAAGACAAAGUUUUCAUUACAUUUCUAGUGAUGGUUCCAGUUUCCCUAAAAUCUAUUUACUGAGUCCAAAGCACCAAAUAUCUUCACGGAUUAACAGUAUUCUUUUUUACUUUCUCUUUGACCAGGUAGGCUCUGAAACCAAUCAAAAAUUCGCCAACUUUAGAUGUGUUUUAUUGCGAUAUCGAAAAUAUCUCUGUGCUGCUGUUCGCUUAUAUUCCUAAAUUCCAGCAUCCUAAAUCAAUGUAUUCAAACUUUGCAGCACCACAAUUUAAAAAAAUGUAGAAUAUUUAGCAUCUGCCACCACAAAACUCUAACCAACUGAACCAAAUUAAUUUAAAUUCAACUUUCUCUGAUAAUAUUGGUACCAAAUGCCAUUUCAAAUUUUGUCAAAUUUUGUUGCUGCCUGAGUUUAGACAAAACAAAACAAACUCAUUUAUUCUCCCCAAAUUAAUACAUUUUUUUGCUUCACCAUUGAAAUACUAUAAACUGACACCCAGCACUGAAUGUUCUGCCUGAAUUUCAGAGGAAAUGUGUCCAAAAUGAAGCACGAGACAAGUUGAAUAUUUUGGUGAUUAAUGGAAUAAUACAGCCAUAAACCCACAGCGUGUUGGGUUAAAAUAUUUCUCAUAAAAAUGCAAAAUAUAAAUGAAGAAAUUUAAGGUUAGUAUCUCAAAAGAUUUUUAGAAUGCAAGACAACAGGAAGGUACAGAAAACUGACUAGAACUGUCCUCUCAAUACUAUGCACAUUUUAAUGGUAAAUAUUAAUUUCUGCUUUUGAAAUGAAACCAAAAAUUAGCUCUUCAAUUAUUUUCAUCAUCAAUUAACCAGCUGAUUCAUUUAACGACUAGUCUUUUAAUCUACAAAAUGUCCGUCACGCCUUCUCAAAGUUCAAGAUGUGUCCAAAAUUUUGGAGGAUUUUCUACAGUAAUUGUUAUUUUCUGACUACAUUAGGCCACUGAUCAUGGUAGAUUUCCAUAUAUGAAGAGCUGAUAAGAAGCACAGCAGCUGAGCAUCACUUAAACACUUCAAACAUCAGUUUCUUGCAGAACUUAGACGCACUGGAAAGGAUUUCACAGGAGGAGGACUGCUGGGAUUGUCGUGCCGCGAUCUGCUGAUCCUCUUAAAAGGUUCAGCAGCCUGAGCUGUAAUAGAGCAGAUUUACAGGCAGCGUCUCUGCCACUGGGUUGGUUCAUAUUUAAAGGACAGACUCAGCAGGUCGGAGGAACGAGACCGAACACUGAAAACACUUUAAUAUCAAACAGCAACUCAAAAACAUGCUGGGAAGUUCAGUGAAAACACUUUCCAUUACUGUUCUCCAGAACACAGCAGCAAGAUCGUCCUCAACAACUCUACUACAUCAGCUCGACUGGAAUCAGGCCAAACCAGGCCGAUCCAGGCCAAACCAGGCCGAUUCAGGCCAAACCAGGCCACCAGGUCAGAGCAAAGUAAUAUCCAAUUGAAGACUAGUUUCAAAAAUAAAAGCCUUCAAAUCAUAUUAAUUGAGAGGUAAUGUCCAAACAGACCUCCAGCCUGAAUUUUAGAUCAUUUAAAUUUUUUUUUUUUUUUUUUUUUUUUUUAAAAACUGAUUUCUAGACCGAUUCUUUUUGAAUGGGAGUCAAUAGGAGGCACAACAGAGUGGCUGCCAGUGGAACGGCACUUCAACCGAUGAGACAUUAAAACUAUAGAAACAGAGAGAAGUCCAAUAGGAUCAAUCUAUCUAGUGGCUAUUGAUGGAACUGCACUUUAAACUACUUCUUAGCAACAUCUCAUGAUGCAACAUCAGUUUGACUUUAACUUUUACCAACUGAGCAGUUGUUUAAACUACUAUUUAAAGGAACAGUUUAAUUCCUCUCAAAGUCAAUGUUCAGGAGUUUACUUUAGCUUAGCAUAAAGACUAGAAACAAACUGUUAGCCUCGCUCAGUUCAAACAAACCAAAGUCCUCCUCUAAAGCUCUUUAACACGUCUUGUUUGUUCUAUCUUCAUAAAACCAAAGUUUCUUUCAGGAAACACUCUGGAACGUAUAAAAUCACAACAUAUUGUCACAUAUUUCUGUCUGAAUGCUCAGUUUUAUUGAGGAAGACAAAAGCAAUAUUUUUUUUACACUGGGGAAACAUAAAUAGUUCAAAUACAUUGUUUUAUUUUUCUUUGCUGUUAGUUUUGUGUGUCUCGAUCUACUGAGUUAGAGAACGUUUUUGUCAUUCAGCUGCAACAACAGGACAAAAUCCCAUAAUCCUAGCUGUAGGAUUAUGUACAUAGAUAAUACCAGCAACUUUAUUAAGUACAAUAAUCCUAUAAUAGCAAUGCUUUUCAAAUAAGAUAAUAACUGAGUCUUAGAUAGCAGUUGUCUGUUUAAAAGAGACUAAUUGUGUCCUUAGUAUACGCUUGUAUGUAAAGGAGUUCAGAGGUCUUACAGUCUGGGAAAAGAUGCUCUUACAUAAAGUCGUUUUCCAUUGCAGGAACUUAUGGGCCACGUUAAGACAACCUGAAUGUUUGUGCAUGUUCCCACCAUGAUUAUCACCCCGGCAGAACCUCUCUUAGGGCCGUUGUCAAGGCAGAAAAAGUCCAGAGUAAGUAUUUAUGACCAGCUCUGAAAAACUACUGGGCAGGGGACAACUUUUCCGCCCUCGUAGAAUACAAAUCAUUGCCAUCUACAAUUUACCAAACAGGUUAACAUAACAAACCUUGAUUUUUCUACUACCAAUGUGCCCCUAGAACUGGAGGUAGCUCCAGUUACUACUGUUUGUUUUGGCGUAUUCUGAGUUAACGCUGCAGUUAAAGUUUUUGGAUCUUACAACACGGCGGAACCAGAAAGGCUGAAAGGGCAGAUUAGGUGGCAGUUCCUCUACUUGACACCUUCCACAAAUUCCUGCAGGGGAAAGAUGCCGAUGCAGAGUUCAGAAGUCUUGCAUCCCAGAAAAGGAACCUCUUACAUAUGCUCAAGUUCCACUGAAAGAAUUUGGAUGAACUGUGAACCGAUAGAUUUUCGUUGAUAUAUUUAAUCUAUUAAAAUAUAUUAACCAAUAAAGCAGAGAAAGAAGGAUAUUGAGAAGUUGUAGUACCUGGUUGCAACACCAGCUGGGGCCUCAUACUGUUUAAUGCUGCAGUGACCCGAGAAGGCAGUCACUAGUACUACCAGCAGUUCCAUGGUGGUACCAUUGAGCAUUGUGGGAAUCUAGCCAUCAUGAGAAAGUUACCUGUGAUGGUUAAUGCCUACCAGCCAACAUUCACAUGUUGUUGGAAGGCUAAAGUGCACUACGACAAAGUCAUCAUGGGAUAGUGGCAGAUGGUCUAUGCCGGCAGAGCAGCUAAUGCCACAGACAUAACUGUAUUCAGAGCAGUUUGAUCAGAACAAGGACUGAUGUCAACAGAGUCAAUUUCGUGUUCUUCAAAUGCUGUAUCCCUAGCAUGAAUCUUUGUUCUAACCUCUUGUAGGGGGGUGUUCAGAGAAAAAAUACUCCGAGCCAUUGUUUUGGCACAUUCGAAGUUAAAGUCUCAGUUGAAGCAUCAUAUUCUAUACCACAGUGGAAACAGAAAGGUCGAUGCCAAUUACAGUUCCAGUCCUGUAAACACUGGUGUCUGCCCUGAGUUCCUGCAGUAGAAAGCUACCUAUAGCUUCGUAGUCUGGCUCUAGUCAGGGUUUUUUCUGGCAUCCCCAAAAGUCCACUGAGCCAGGAACAACCCUGGUUCCAGUACCUUUUUCCAGAGAGCAGCAGGUGAAACAGUCCAUGAUGGUGAUGAGAGAAGUCUGUGAUAAUCCCUGAGGCUUUCCUUAAGCAGUGUUGGUACAGGUACAAGUACAGGCAAGGUUCCCACGAUUCUCUGUAUCGUCUUGAAUGAGGCGCUGCAGCUUUCAUAUAAUACUCUCCAUGACACCUCUUUAGAGACAGGAAGGAGAAGGAAGGAAUUGCAAGCACUACUGUGCUUUCUUCAGUAGCAAAGAGUAAAUGGUAUACGCCCCAAAGAAUUUGGUGCUUCCACAGACGUGCCGUCAAGCUGAAGAGAGGCACAUGUUUAGAUCUCUUAUUUGGUCGACAUUUGGUUGCACCAGACCAGAAGUUGGCGCAUUUAUUUUUCAUUGCUGAUCAGAGCCACCACUGUUGUGUUGUUCACAUGCAACACACAUUUGUGUUUCAUUGUGGUUAACGGCAAUGGACUGAGGACACAGAAUGGACAUGGAGUCCCAGUGAGCCCAGUUUAGAUGUCCAUGUUUGAUCAUGAAGUUUGAGUGUUUUAAUCCUUUGUAUUUUUAUACGACGAUGUGUGAGACCAGACCGAGAUACCGGAGGGUGAAUGUUUGAAGAGUAGUGACUACUGAUUACAAACUUGAUGCUUAGAGUUGAAGAAAGGAGGUCAUAGCCAUACAUUCAGGUCCGAUCUGUAGGUUAGCAAGGAUGCUAACAGUUCUUACUGUGCAAUAGAAAUUCUUACAGUGAAAAUGUGUCCUGUAAAGCACUCUAUGUUCAUGUUAACCAAUCAUGUUUUGUGUUGCCUUACCAAUAAAGUUUUUGAACAAA